CUUAAUUUCCCGGAUACAAGUCAGCAGCUUGUUCGUUUACGUUGUUAUUGCUCUUCCUAUACAUUUUGCGGCUACGUCCCAAGAAGGAGGAAAGUUGCGGAGACUGCGGUGAAUCUGUUCAUAAUUUACCUUUAACUUCCAGCAAUGUCGUUCUUCUUGCAAGUAUUUUGGAUCUUGUCAGUAGUUUGCAUAAUUUUGUAUUUUAUAACUAGAGCCGCCUUACCUACAGUAUCAGAUGCAAACUUUGCGUUCUUCCAACGAUCGUAUCUCACUGUUUAUCUGCUGGCAAUGGCUGGAGACUGGCUGCAAGGACCACAUGUGUAUGUGUUGUAUGACAGCUAUGGUAUGACCCCACACCAGAUUGAAAUUCUCUUUGUGGCUGGAUUUGGAUCUAGCAUGAUGAUUGGAACUAUUGUAGGGUCAUUUGCAGACCGAUAUGGCCGAAGGGCAAAUUGUAUCCUGUAUGGAAUUUUAUACAGCUUGGCCUGUGUCACAAAGCACUUCGCAAACUUUUGGGUACUUAUGUUGGGGCGUGUACUUGGAGGCAUGGCCACCUCUAUUUUGUACAGCGCUUUUGAGUCAUGGCUGAUAUAUGAACAUCAUAAGCGUGGAUUUGAAUCAGAUUUGUUAGGGAACAUAUUCAGUCAUGCAGUGCUGGGAAAUUCACUGGUAGCAAUCGUCGCUGGUCUCCUUGCUCAAAAAGUUGCUGAUGUCUUUGGCUUUGUAGCCCCAUUUGAUGUGUCAAUUCUACUGUUGUGCAUCAUGGUUGUAAUGAUCAUCUUCACUUGGACUGAAAAUUAUGGAGAUAAAAGUAGCAGCUUUCGCCAUUCCUUUUCUUCUGCAUUUCAAGCAAUCCGCAAUGAUCACAAGAUUCUGUGCCUUGGAAUUAUCCAGUCAUUGUUUGAGGGCUCCAUGUAUGUAUUUGUACUUGAGUGGACUCCAGCCCUAACACCCAGCAUGCCUGAAGAAGAACAGGCUAACAAAGAUGGCAUCUCUCAGGAAGGACACAGAGGUACCAUUCCACAUGGCCAUAUCUUUGCAGCCUUCAUGGUGGCAAUCAUGAUAGGCUCAUCUCUCUUCAAACUGUUGUCCAAGUAUACUAGUGUGGAAAGUUUCAUGAGGACAGUUUUAUUUGUGUCCUCUAUUGCAUUGGCCACACCUAUCUUCUUUGCAGGGAACCAAUUGAUUGUUUUUGCUGGCUUUCUGGUGUUUGAAACAUGUGUUGGGAUCUUCUGGCCUUCUCUAAGUACUAUGAGAGGCAAAUAUGUCCCAGAGGAAACACGAGCAACAACAAUGAACCUCUUCCGGAUUCCACUGAAUCUCAUUGUUAUAUUUAUUCUUCUUCAGAGCCUUCCAAUGAAAAUAAUAUUUCAGUGCUGCACCUUUUUCCUUCUGGCUGCUAGUUUUGUACAGCAUUGGCUUUACACGUUGUAUGAAAAACUGCCCAAGACCCACACUCUGCCAUCCACCACUGUGGACAAACUCGGGCUGCCAAAGGAUGAAGACAUGGAUGUUCCGUCCAAGGGCAGCAAACCACUUGAUGAAGUGGAGGAGGAGAUAGUCUAAAAUAAAGCAGGCUGAUCUGCUCUGCUGGGAAAAUGGGAAAUGCCAGUGGAGAGGAUGCUGCCUUCCAACAUUGUCGAGGGAACUUUUGGAUUCAAAAUUAUGCCUUCUGACAUUGUCAGAGGAACUUUUGGAUUCAAACUGAUGCUUCUGUAUUAAACACUUUAAUAGUGUGCUAAGGAGAAGAAUAAAUUUCUUUUCUGUGGAUAAUUUUGUUGCUGUUUCGGGUUUUUAAAACUGUUUCCUUGGUACUGCACGUAAAAAAUAAGCAGGAAUAGAUGCACGUAUUCUCUGCUAGUCUCUUUCUGCUCACUCCAUUAGUUCUUAGAGAUUUAUUUUGCUCUGUUGUUUUUUUAAAAUUGUUUUUCAAAGCAGGCAGAGGCAUGAGCAUGGCACACCAGAGCUGAGUAAAUGCAGCAUAGUUUGCUUAUUAGUUUGAUUGUUACAUCCUGUCAAAAGAAGUGAUUUUUGUUUUUUUUGUUCACAGUUGAGUACCAUCUGGGAAUGCUGUCUGUGAAUUUUUAUUUCAGUGUUUACACUCAAUGUAGAAUCAUAGGACACCAGAAUUCAGUUUAGUUCUUGAGUUUCUUAACUUCUCUGACUGAUGAGAAUCUUAAAAGAUGUAUCUUAUUGUCAGUUUAUAAAAAGAUCAUUGCUAACUUCUGUCUAUCUAAUCCUCAUCGUGCAUCAGGUUGCACAUUGCUAACUUAGGUGGAAUAUUUUAUUUUACAAGUAGUCGUCGUGAAAGACAUAAUCUCAGUUUUAACUUAGACAGGUAAUAGUUAGCAUGAAAGAACUGAAGACUGAUCUUUCAUCAAUAAGGAGGGAAAACUUUAAAAAAAAAAUUGGCAGUUUUCUUUUGCUAGAUGACUCUUUAAUGAGAUAAUCUGAAGAGGAAUCAGUUCCAGCUUCAGCCAUUAAACUGGGAUCAGAGGUGGUCCCAAACUUGGCAUAAUUACAUUACUGCAUCUGUCACCUUUCUACUAAGAGUAAAUGGAACUAUACCUCACUUGUCAUGGUGCAAAAUUAGAACAAAUUACAAAUGAUUUAUUAACUUAUCUCUUUUGCUUAUUAUAUGUAUCAGGGUAUAAGUGUCAAGAGACAUAUUGUUCAGCAUGGAAUCAAAUAUCUAAAAUAAAAUUAAAUAAAGACAGGAUAUUAUACGAUCCUGCUACCACUUGCCAUUAAUAUUAAUGAAAGCUGGCCAGAAGCUGUUCAGGGUCUUCUCAAGUAUGUCAUUCACAGUUUACCUAAAGUGAUUUUAAAAAAUGUUUACACGAGAAAAGAUGCAAUUUUAAAAAUAAUUUUUAACUAUUCCAGUGACUACAAACAGUGCUUAAGAAAUAUGCCAAAAUCAAAAUUUAAAGCGGGCAAGAAAUGUACUGAGUUUAUUUUUAAUGAAUAUGUAGAUGGUAGUUGUAUGAGGGGAAUUUUAUCUUUGAUUGGUAACAGGUUGUUUUUGUGCAAUAUUUGUGGGAGCUAUAAUAGAUUGCACCUGCAGUUUGCUUUGGUACUAUUUAGAAUAGUUUCAUUAGUUUCUUUUCCUCUUAAUUUUUUUCAGGAUUUUUUUUUACUGUCUCUCCCUAUGCUAGUCACUGGUAAUAAAACAAGAAAAUUAUUCUCUGUCCAUUUAUAAUUAUCUAUAGUUGUUACAAUCAUUCCUACCUGAAUACUGGUUAGAAUGCAGAGAACUGUCUGAGCUUCUUACACCCUGUUUACUCAGAGCCUAUUUAAACAUUUAUUUAGGUGGCUUAUUUGCUAAAUUUAAAGCAUUAUAUUCUCUUUAUACAGCACAAUUUGCUUUAUGUCAAAGUUUCCAUUGACUUGCUUUGCCAUGAAAGAAACAGAGGUAGAGAUUUAGAUAUUCUUUUUUGACCCAACAUGUCUUAAGAUUUGCAUUUAUAAAUAUCUGUUAAUGAUAUUAGUAAUAAAAUGACUAAGGUUGCCUGUAAAGUUAGAUAAUUUUGUAUGACCUGUUAAAAUGUAAUGAUUAAGAGUUAAAUGCAGAAAUAUAAAUGUGCUUAUUAUUAUUAAAUGUUAGUUUCCGGUGUUGUUAUGUAUCUGGAAUCAUCCCUUCCUCAAAAGUACCAGCGUCGUGUUUUGGAGGAUGGAGUUAUUGCAUAAUGCACUUGAUAUCAUGUAAGUGGUCUUUGGUAUAGGCACAAGCACCUUUGUAUAUAAUAAAGUGAUGCCAGACAUGAUGUCUUAAGGAAAGAAUUUGUCUUUCUGAAGUGGGAUUCUUGAUGGGGGAAGGGGGGGUUUGGUUUUCUUAUGGUGUUUUAUGGCACUUGUCUCUUUUUGUACUUAAAAGAUAAAACACUCCCAACCUAAGAUUUCAACUGUGCAUUUUUUUAUUUUCUUAAACAAUGCAAUAGUAAGAUUUUUAUCCCCAGAGCAAACCAGAUUAUUGCAAUGUCCACUGGUAAUGAUUUGAUUCCGUUGUUAAAAAAAAUGAUACUGAUCUGUUAAUGUAAGUUCAUUCCAUGAUUAAUUUAUCUUUAGCAAAAUUCAUGUUUUAGAAAACAAAGUUUCACGAAUUCAACUUUUAUGGAUCAUCUUUAUGGUUAGUCUCAAAAACUAAGAGUUUGGAUCAUUAUAGAUGAAUAAAUAUGUAUGAUAAAUUGUGUUAUUUUAUUUCAGUCCUACAAAGUAAGAGAUGCCUACAUUUUCAUUAGCAUUCUUCCUGCACACCUAACUGUGUUAAUAGGUAAAACUCAGUAAAGGAUUGGCAUCUGCUUAUCCAAUACCAUGUCAUUGACAUGGGGAACCAUAUGCAGUUCACCACCCUAUGACUGUUAGUCUAGGUGACACUGCUUUCUUUGUAAGAUUGAAAAUAUUUGAGGAUAAUCACAGCAGUAAAGUUUAUUUUGAAGUGUAAGUACACACAAUCAGCUGUUUAUUUCAUAAGUGACUUGAAAGUCUGUGGUGUUUUGAAAGGGUGCAAGCACAUAAAAAAUAGAAUAUUAUGUAAAGAUAUGCAGUCAUAUUACUUUUGUAUGUUUUACAAAAAGAUAUGGCAAUUAGAUUGGAACAGCAGUUCUAAUGACCGUUCUAAAAUCUAAGUGAGAUAAACCACCUACCAUUACACAGGGUUGAUAAUACAAGUUUUUGCCAAAGCAUAUCAGGGUUUUUAUCCUCUAAAUACGUUUAUUAUAUGUCAUUUGAAGUAAAAUGUAACUUGUUCGUUCAGUUAAUUAUGAUGUAAUAAUAGUUUUUAAAAAUGAGAUUGUUCUUGGUAAGGCUGUCUACUUAUAUGGGGGAACACCUGAAGAAAAUAUGUGAGAUGAUGAUUGCUUACCAUCUGAUAGUAAUGACAAACUAUCUGAACCAUCUGCCAACCAAUCUUGGCACGUUUGUCUCAGUGAUUGCAAAAAUGUUCAUGUAUAUCAUUUUAAAUUUUCGUUUGGGAUGCAACAGUUUUUUUUUUUAAGUGGUCAGGAAAAUUUACCAACAUUGAUUAUUUUGCCAUGACAGCCAGUGUUACUCAUUGUUUUGAGCACAAUUUGGUAGCCAAUAAUAAAUAAGAAUUUAAAAAAUUAGGAAUCAGUACCUUGACAUUCAAAAUAUAUUGUACACUUGCACUUUUUGCAAUAUGUAGAUGUGUUUUUUAGGGUUUUUGGUGGUCAUAUAUAUUUUUUUGUGAUUGUAUUUUGGUUCCAUGGAUGCACAUUCUCAAUUAGUCUACAACCCUCUCAUGCACACAUGCAUGCACAGGCACAGGCAUGUGUGCAUACACACCCUCCAGAUGUACUUUUUCUGGUGUUGUGUGCCCUAUUAAUAUUUAGUUCUGCUGCACAUACUGCAUGAUGUUUAAUAAAGUACAUCUGAACUUCA